UCCCACUUGCACCCCAAGGUCUCUGCUUGCCACCCGGUCCCCCCUUGCCCCCUGAGAUCCCCACCUGCCCCCCCAGCCCAAGCAGGUAAGCAGAGGGGUGGCAGGGGCACUGCCAGGUGCCCACCCUCCUUCUCUUCCUCACCCAGGGGCCUUGGCAGCAGCUCCUGCCCUGUCCCCAGGCCGGGGGGGGGGACACUGUGGGCACAGGGGCCCUGGCAGAGCCCACAGGGCCCUGGCAGCCGGGUCGGGGGGGGGCUGGUGACGGGGUGGCAGGGAAGGAUCUGGAGCUGCUCCCUGCAUUCCCCUUUUCACCAAAAAUCGCCUCCCUGCAGCGCAGCCGGCACGGGAUACCUGGCCUGGGGUGGGAGCCUGGGGCCAGCUCGGCCCCCCCCGCCCCGUGCCUCAGUUUCCCCGGGGAGGAAACGUCCCCCUGGCUGCGUUUCGCAGCUCCGUCCGCUGUAGGUGACAGUGCAAACACCCAGAGGGGGUGAGGCCGUGACGCAGAGGGAAGAAGGGGUUUCCAGCCGGGCCGUGCGCCGCAGGAUUUCCCCUUUCUCCCUCCCCAGUCCCCCGCGCCGGGCAGAGCCGGCCAUGGAGUUCUCGGAGCUGAUCAAGACGGCGACGGUGGAGAACGUGCUGCUGUCGUGCGCGGGGCUGCCGGCGGUGAGGGGCACCCUGUGCAUCACCAGCCACCACCUGCUCCUCUCCUCCUGCCCCGGCGGGGACGUGGAGCUCUGGCUGCUCAUCCGCAACGUGGACGCCGUGGAGAAGAGAGUGCAGAAUUUAGGCUGGUACCAGCCCCCCCGGACUAACAGCUCCGCCCGGGACACCAGGCUCACCGGCUCCUCCGGCACCAUCACGCUCCGGUGCAAAGACCUGAAGGUGCUGCAGCUGGAGAUCCCGGGCAUGGAGGAGUGUCUCAACAUCGCCAGCUCCAUCGAGGCCCUCUCCUCGGUGGACUCCGUGAUGAUGAUGUACCCGUUCUUCUACAGACCCCCGAGCCUGAAGCUCGAGGAAGGAUGGCACCAGUUCCCCCUCGAGCAGUACUUCCAACAGAUCUCCUCGCAGACGAGCCAGUGGCGGCUGAGCACCGUGAACCAGGACUUCAGCACCUGCCCCACGUACCCUCCCGCCGUGAUUGUGCCGGCGGCCGUGGGCGAUGAGGCCCUGAGAAAGGCUGCCCGGUUCCGGCAGGGCGGGAGGUUCCCCGUCCUCAGCUACUUCCACCCCAAAAACCGCACCGUGAUGCUCCGCAGCAGCCAACCCCUGACGGGACCCAACCGCAGGCGGUGCCGGGAGGACGAGACGCUGCUGGGGACGAUCCUGGACGAGGGGGAGAGGGGCUUCAUCAUCGACACACGCUCGGCCCAGGCAGCAAAGCAGGCUCGGAUGACCGGGGGAGGCACAGAGCCCAAAUCCUCCUACCCACAGUGGAGGAGGCUGCACCGGCCCCUGGAGAGGGGCCGCCCGCUGCAGGAGAGCUUCGCCAAGCUGGUGGAAGCCUGCAGUGACCCCUCCCUGAGCAUGGACCGGUGGCUGGGCCGGCUGGAGAGCAGCCGCUGGCUCAGCCACGUCAAGGCAGCCCUGAGCACAGCCUGCCUGGCUGCCCAGUGCAUGGACAGGGAGGAGGCCACGGUGCUGGUGCACGGGGCGGAGGGGACGGACACGACGCUGCUGGUGACAGCGCUGGCCCAGGUGAUCCUGGACCCGUCCUGCCGCACCCUGGUGGGAUUCCAGGGGCUGCUGGAGCGGGAGUGGAUCCAGGCCGGACACCCCUUCCACCUCCGCUGCGCCCACUCCGCCUAUUCCCACGCCCGGCUGAAGCAGGAGGCACCGCUUUUCCUGCUCUUCCUCGACUGUGUGUGGCAGCUGAGCCGCCAGUUCCCCUUCUCCCUGGAAUUUGGGGAGCGCCUCCUCCUCUCCCUCUUCGACAACGCCUACGCCUCGGCCUACGGCACCUUCCUCUGCAACAACGAGAAGGAGAGGAGCCUGUGCAAGGUGAAGGAGAGCACACACUCGCUCUGGGCCUGGCUGAACCGGCCUGAGGAGCAGCAGAAGCUCCUGAACCCUCUCUACUCCCACAACGCCCUGGUGAUCUGGCCCUCCGUGGAGCCCCAGAGCAUCCAGCUCUGGCAGGGUUUAUUCCUCCGUUGGAUCCGUCCAUCCCAGCACCUGGAUGAGGCCUGGGCAGAGAUCCAGCGGUUGGUUGAGGAAAACAACACCCCUGCCAAGGAAAGCACAGGGAACAGGCUGAGCCAGUCCCUCUCUGACCACACUGCUGGGAUGGAGAACAGGAGAUGAAGGGCAGCACGGGCAGUUCAGUCCCAUGGGAUGCCAGGACAAGGCAACACUGAAGCUUCCUGUGGGAAGUGCUGUGCUGGACACAGACCCCACGGACAGCUCUGGGAGGGAGGAACAGACACCCUUUCCCAGCCUUUGGGCUGCCCAGACUGAGCUUGUUUCAGUAAAGCCUCUCUCCCAGCCCACACUGGCAUUCCGCUCUUCCAUAGGGGCAGGAGGAAGAUGCUCCUUCCCAGUGGGAUUUCGGCAGCACUUGUGGAUGGCUGUGGAGCAGGACAUCAACCUGCCUGCCAGCCAGGCACAGCAAAACCAGGAGCUCACACUAAACCAACACCCUCUCCACAGAAGGCACAGAGGCUGCAGCCUCACUGUUCCAUCAGCUGUUCCAAGCUGGGAGAGCCGGGCUGGGAAUUCUGCCCUUGAACCCAGAUUUGAGGAAGGAAAGAGAAACAAACCACCCCUCUCGACAGGCAGGGUGAGACAGGGGGGAAGGAUGAGGAGCACGAGCUCCUAGAGCAGGAAAUAACUGUUCCAUGAGGAAAGUUGGCCCAGGGUCAGCCCAGCAGAUAAACAAAGCGGCCGGGCCGGGCGCGUGCGUGUCAGCUGGAAAACAAUUCCUGGCUGCUGCACUUCCAGCCUCUUCACACUUCAGGGCUGGACCUGAGGGUCACUCCCUGGGAAAGAGUUAAGCCAGGAUGGGCAGAGGUCCCGGGAGGAGCAGCACUGUCUGUCUGUCCAUGGGUGUGGAACAAGGC